UCAAUUCGACCUGCUGUACAAGGACAUCUGAUGGCCAUGUGGGCCACACCUGUGCUACGAGCGGUCAGCCGCGAGCUGCGAGCAGCUGGUAGGCUGCACUGGCUCAGGACUAGCGCAGGAACCCUGCUGCUGAGGGGUGCCUGGUUGCAGCAGCGUCUGCCAGUGUCAUGGCAGCGUAAGGGACUCGGAUUUGCUGCUGUGCCUCUAGGCCUUGGUGGCUACUUGAUGGCCAACAAAACCAGCAGCAGCGCUCAGGAGGAGAAAUUGUUUCGUGCUGCCAAGCUUGGCAAUGCAGAUGAGCUUCGACGUCUCUUGGCUGACAAAAGUGUAGACCCGAACUGCCGCCAUGCACUGGGCUGGACACCGUUGCAUGUUGCUGCCAUCAGUGGGCAUCGUGACUGUGUCCUGGCCCUUCUCGAAGCUGGUGCCGACAUUGAUGCUGGAGACGAAUUCAGCAACGUUUACCAAAUGGCGCGAGAGAAACAGCUUCAUUCCCUGGAGGUGCUGGUGGUUCGUGAAGAUGAGUUCAGCAACCGGCUCAGCAACCGAGCUUCAUUUCGUGGAUGCACAGCACUGCACUAUGCAGUACUCACUGACGACACGCAGCUGGUGAAGACCCUACUGGAGAAAGGUGCUGAUCCAACACUGGCCAAUGACCAGAACCACCUGCCAGUCGACUACAGCCGCAACCCAGUCAUGCGCAAGUUGCUCAAGGAGUACACGGAUGAGCACAUUAAGAAGAACAAGCAGAGGGAAGCUGAAGAACGACGACGCUUCCCCCUUGAGCAACGAGUGAAACAGGUAAUCGUGGGCCAAGAAGGUGCCAUCGCCCUGGUUGCAGCCACAAUCCGGCGCAAGGAGCUGGGCUGGUUUGAUGACGAGCACCCACUUGUCUUCCUCUUCCUUGGGUCAUCAGGCAUUGGCAAGACAGAGCUGGCUAAGCAGAUAGCAGAGUACCUUCAUGGGGGCAGCACGGGCCGCUCAUCAUCAUCCGGAGGAAAGGGCUUUAUCCGGUUGGACAUGUCUGAGUAUCAGGAGAAGCACGAAGUGGCCAAGCUCAUUGGCUCACCACCGGGCUAUGUCGGCCACGAUGAUGGGGGCCAGCUGACGCAGCGGCUGCGCGAGUGUCCCAAUGCAGUGGUGCUGCUUGAUGAGGUGGACAAGGCACACCCUGAUGUGUUGACUGUAUUGCUGCAGCUGUUUGAUGAAGGCCGACUCACGGAUGGCAAGGGCAAGACCGUUGUUUGCAAAGAUGCCAUCUUUGUCAUGACUUCCAACUUGGCCAGUGAAGAGAUCGCUCAGCAUGCCACCGACCUCCGGAGAGAUGCCGAAUUGCUUGCCCUGCAGCGGCAGAGCCUGCAGCCUACUAGCGUUGCGGAGGAAGUCAGCAUCCGCAGUGAUUUCAAAGAACGGGUGGUGCGACCUAUCUUGAAACGCCACUUCCGUCGCGACGAAUUCCUUGGUCGGAUCAAUGAGAUUGUCUACUUUCUACCGUUCUCACGCAAGGAGCUGACGGUGCUGGUGACAAGGGAGCUUGAGGGCUGGACCCGGCGAGCAAAAGACAAGCACGGCAUCGAACUCACCUGGGAGCGGCGGGUUGUGGAGCUUCUGGCAGAUGGAUACAAUGUCCACUACGGUGCGCGAUCAGUCAAACAUGAGGUAGAAAGGCAGGUUGUGAACAGGCUCGCAGAGGCUCAUGAAAAACAAUUGCUUGACUCUGGUUGUGCUGUUCACCUUGUAGUUGAGGACAGUGAUGAUGGAGGACCGGCCAGGAUUACCCUACUGGUGCGACCCAAGUCACACCGAACCAUGGACCUGGACCUCCCACUGAGCAACGUUGCACCCCUCGGUGGUAGCUAGAUUUGUCUGAAUGCUUGUGACACAGUGCAGCAGCACAGUGAGUGAACGGCAGAGAGCACAGUCGAAUUAUUUUGGUUGGUGACCUAAGAAGAUUAUCUGUGAAAGUUUGCACAAGCUGCAGGAAAAAACAGGUGCAUUGUAGAGGCACUGGCCAUAUACCAACAACUGAAAAAUUUGUGACCUUGUUUGCUUCUAGUAAACAUAACAUGGGCAUUAUUCCUCCUA